UAUUUUAACGGCCAAAGUAAUGGUGCUGAACAAACAAACUACGAGUACUACACGUCCGGUGGUAUCAAAUCGGGUCUGAGGGCCGACUCCGUAGACUUCACUCUCAACGGAAAGAAAAUCACUUUAUUUAGCGGUUCUUUGCAUUACUUCCGAUUACCUGCACAGUAUUGGAAGGACAGGCUGUUGAAGUUCAGGGCCGCCGGACUUAACACGGUGCAGUCAUACGUGGCCUGGAACAUACACGAGGACAUCCCUGGCCAAUGGGACUUUGAGACCGGAUUCCGAAACCUCCGGGAGUUCCUCAAAGCCGUCAAAGAGGCCGAUAUGUUCUUCUGGUUCCGGAUCGGCCCCUACAUCGAUGCCGAGUGGGAAUUGGGAGGCUUUCCCGCGUGGAUGCUCAGGGAUCCUAAAAUGAAAUUCAAGUCCAACUACAAACCCUACCUGAACGCAGUGGAGGCCUACUUCAUGAAGGUUUUAGCCCUUAUCGAUGAGUUCCAGUUCCAAAAGGGCGGUCCCAUAAUAGCCCUGCAGUACGAGAACGAGUUCGGGGGCAUCCGUUCACAGGGGGAUCAGGAGUACUUCGAUCUCAUGAGGAAUACCAUCGAUAAGAGUGGGUUCAAAGAGUUGUUGACUAACUGUGACGGCGGGACCACACUCGUCACCGCACUCAAGACCAUUCAAAAAGGCGUUUUAGAGACGGUUAAUUUUAACUCGGAUUCAUUAAAGCAAUUGACUGUAUUACGCCAAGCACAACCUAAUAAACCUUUAUACGUAUCAGAGUUUUGGCCAGGCUGGUUUGACUACUGGGGUGGCGGUCACGCCCACUACGACGUCAAGAAGUUUGAGAAGGAGGUAACGGAUGUGGUAUUCAAUGCCAACGCGUCCAUCAAUUUCUACAUGUUUUUCGGCGGAACUAACUUUGGAUUUAUGAAUGGCGGCUCUGGGGAUAAGGGUCUGGUCACCAGUUAUGACUAUAAUGCACCAUUAUCUGAGUCAGGCAAUUAUACGGACAAGUAUUGGAAAACAAAGGAAUUGAUUGAAAAGUUUAAUAAAGAGAGGUCUCAACCAAAGCUAUUAAUACCUAAACCCCCGACAUAUGUAACACCGGUUUCUUACGGGAAACUCAAAGUUAAGGAUUUCGACAUAUGUAACACCGUUAAGGAUUACUUGAGUUUAGAGGACGUGUUGACACAAAUGAAGCCAAUCGUCACCGAAAAGCCACAACACAUGGAGUUAUUAAACAUUGGCUCAAAUUAUGGUCAAAACUAUGGUUUCAUUCUCUAUAGACUCACAAACUUACAAAAAUUUAAACAUUUAAAAUUAACAGGUGGUGCCUCUGAUCGGGGAGUCAUACUCGUGGACCACAAAGAAGUUGGUGUCGUUGAGGGUAAGAAAGACUAUAAUCAGGACUUAAAUGACACACAAUUUGCAAACACAACGACUCAUACGUUGGAUAUAAUCGUCGAAAACUGGGGACGUCAGAAGAUCGGUAAUAUGAAUAUCGAUCGCAAGGGUCUUAAUGGAGACGUUGAUAUCGAUGCAAAAGUUGCCACAAAUUUCCAGACAUUUCCGCUUGAAUUCAAAGAACCAUUUGUUAAACAAUUAACUCAAUUAAAGGGAAAACCUUUCGUUGAGGGCUUAAAAAGUCCAGCCGUUUAUCGUUUAGAAUUGGAUAUUAAGGACAGUCCUAAGGACACAUUCAUACGACUGGACGGUUGGUCGAAGGGAAAUAUAUUUAUCAAUGAUUUCAAUAUAGGCCGGUAUUACCAUAUCGGACCCCAACAGACACUGUAUAUCCCUGCACCGUUACUCAAAACGGGCAAAAAUGAGAUAUUAGUGUUUGAAUUGCAUUCAUCAACUGCUUUUGUCGUGUAUUUUAACGGCCAAAGUAAUGGUGCCGAACAGACAAACUACGAGUACUACACGUCCGGUGGUAUCAAAUCGGGUCUGAGGGCAGACUCCGUAGACUUCACUCUCAACGGAAAGAAAAUCACUUUAUUUAGCGGUUCUUUACAUUACUUCCGAUUACCGGCACAGUAUUGGAAGGACAGGCUGUUGAAGUUCAGGGCUGCCGGACUUAAUACGGUGCAGUCAUACGUGGCCUGGAACAUACACGAGGACAUCCCUGGCCAAUGGGACUUUGAGACCGGAUUCCGAAACCUGCGAGAGUUCCUCAAAGCCGUCAAAGAGGCC